AUGAACGCCUACAUGUCAUGGGCAAUCUUCCUAGCUGUGCUGGGGUUCCUAAGUUGGCAUUACGCUGGGCGACCAAACUUGUUCGAUAAGAUUAACUCACAGAAGCUUUCACCAGAAAGCUCACACCAAGCAUCCGGAGCUAGUACGCGCAAGUCAAAAGCAAAGGGUAAACGUGGAGGCACUGACAGCUUGACAAAUGAGACUAAUGCUCCUCAUCAACUGCAUUCAGCUGGAAGCAGUGUGAGCAGGAAGAGAAAGAUUGCUACUCCUCCACAGAGUGGCCUUGAAGUUGCCUUCUCGUCGAGUACUGGUGGAGUUCCAAAACAGACAGCUUUGACGUCACCGAAGGAUGAAGAUAUCCGCAAAAACACAGAAUUUGCCAGGGAGAUGGUGAGUGCAAGAGUGGGCACACAACCAGCCGGUUCGGACAAGCCAGGCAUGAAUAAGAGGGAGCGUGGGGCCCAGAACAAAGGGAGUCUUCGAACCAGCAAUGACACAGAAUCACCCUCCCUAUCUACAGGAGCGUCUUCGACGACUGGAGCUGAUGCUGAUGAUGACCUAUCACCGGUCGCUUCACCCCCGUUGCUGGCUACUUCCACAGUGGCCACCUCAAACUCAGGCGACAUUUCCGACAUGCUCGGGCACGCAAGUGCUGGGCCAUCGGUCUUACGAUUGACGGAGCCAGCAAACCCUGUCCCUAAAGCUAAAGCGAAGCAGUCCAAAAGGACAUUUGAGCCGGCAGAGACGAAAAAACAGCGACAGCAACGAAUCAAACGAGAAGCCCAUCGAGCGCAGGUCGAGGAGGCUGAGAGGCAGAGACAGAGGUUGUUGGAGAAGCAGAUCCGGGGGGCUAGAAUGGCUGAAGGCACUUCGGCACAGACGAGGACGUCGGCCUUCAAGCCGCCAGCCCAGAACGUCUGGUUCUCAGGCCCGGCUGAGCCUCCUGCGGAAUCUAUGGCGGCGCCCUCUGCUAGCUCACUGUCGCUGUUAGAUACCUUUGAACCCCAGCAUGGAUCAGCCACUUCUGUGACGCAUGGGAUGGAUACAGCGCCCCUCGGCUCGGUCACAGACCGCAAAAUCUCCACAGAUAACGGUAGAACGGGGGCGGCAGAAGAGACCGUCGAUGCAAGAAUUGCUGAAGGACCUGCCGGCUCCGAAAAGACUGGCAGUGACUGGGCAAAAGGCCUACCAGUUGAGGAAGAUCAGAUGCGCCUGAUUCAGGAAAGUGAAGAUUCCUGGACUACUGUCUCCAAGCGCGAUAAGAAGAAGGCAUCGAAACCGCCCAUAGGCAAAGAGAACGAUACCAGUGAGGCCAGUGGGGCUGAGAGCCGUCAUGCGAAUGGAGUCGACCUGAAGACUACUGCGAGCUCAAGACCUACUUUCCCGAGCAGUUCCAACAGCUACUAUCAGCUUGGAGAUUCUGGUUUUCAGGACUCGGAUUGGGUCGCCUGA